AUGUCCCUGUCGCCCUCCGGAUCCCGCAAGGUCAUUGAUCCCGACACGUACUUUGACCAGAACUCGCCGCCAUCGAACCUGGAGUGGGCGCACUCUGCGCCGAUCGUGCUAGUGACGAGCGGCGGCACGACCGUGCCCCUGGAGAACAACACAGUGCGGUUCGUAGACAACUUCAGCCUGGGUACGCGCGGCAGCAGCUCGGCUGAGCAAUUUCUGGCGGCCGGCUACGCGGUGAUAUUCCUGUACCGCGACAAGUCGCUGCAGCCGUUCCACCGGCACUACCCGCGUGGGCUUUUGUCCUACCUGGAGCCCGACGGCACCGGCAACGUGCAGAUCCAGGCAAAGUACCGGGAUUCGGUAAUCCGCGACCUGCAUUUACUGCAAAAGUACUCUGGCACCAAGCUGCUGAUGGUAGAUUUCACGACGCUGUCGGACUAUUUGUUUCUGCUGCGCGCAAUCUCGCAGAUUCUGGCUCCGCUGGGCUCGGCGGCGAUGUUUUAUUUGGCGGCGGCAGUCAGCGAUUUCUUCAUUCCGUCGCACAGUAUGUCGGAGCACAAGAUUCAGUCGCGCGACGGCGACCUGACCCUGCGGCAUGAACCAGGUGCCCAAGUUCCUGGCACCGCUGUGUCGUUCAAGCUGGAGACCGACCCCGAGCUGCUUGUGCCCAAGGCGCAAUAUGCACUCAACAAGUACGGCCACCAGAUUGUCAUUGCCAAUAUGCUACAUUCGCGCAAGUGGCAGGUGUGGUUUAUCACCAGGGAGUCGGACCAGCCGUAUGAGAUCCGGAUCCCCAAGGAAGAGGCCGAAAAGGGCCGCGACAUCGAGCAGGACGUGGUGGUGGAGCUGGCAAAGCGGCAUCGCGUCUUUAUGGCAGCUUGAUUUCAAUAUGGGCUGUUGCCAAGAUCAAGUUUGUUGUUAAUAAAUCAUCCCCUGUUCCUUUUCUUCUCCAGCCAAAAACCAUUGCUCUUC